GGUAGAAAUGUACGUGAUCAAAAAUGUCGAUUCUUCUCCGUAAGCUGCUUUCGAUGCGGAACCGUCGUCCCCUUCAAACUAUCGGAUAUCGGGGAAGGAAUUCGAGACGUCACGAUAAAAGAAUGGUAAACGACGUGACCCUGAUAGGAGAUUCAUUGCUGGACAUUGAACUAGAUGAUAAUGGGAACUCGCAAGUUGAAACGACGAUUACCGAUGAUCGACAGCCGCAACUAACAGCAAAGGCUGACGAACAGAGCGUCAAAGACGAGGAGGAGGAACGGUUAGUGAAGUAUGGCUUAGAAAAAGCAAUAGCCACCCCAGCGGUCAGAAGGAUAGCUAUGGAGAACAAUAUUAACUUGAAGGACGUCGUUUCCACGGGCAAAGGUGGUCGUGUGCUUAAAGAGGAUAUAUUAGCUCAUUUAGAAAAAAUUUCUGUCAACUCGGCAAAAGAAAGGGUCGAAGGGAUACCAACGGGAGAGACAGUAAUGCCAAUGAAAGGCUAUAGCAAGCACAUGUGGAGGACAAUGACGCGAUCUCUGAGCAUACCGCACUUUGUGUACAGUGACGAGUGUAACAUUAACAGAUUGAUGGAUUGCCGGAACGAGGUGAAGGACUCGAUGAAAAAACAGGGUGUUUCUUUAAGCUUGAUGCCGUUUUUCAUAAAAGCCGCAUCCAGAGCGUUGGAGGAAGUACCACAGUUGAACGCCUGGCUUGACGAAGAGAAUCAAACGUUACGCAUCCAGAGGAGUCACAAUAUUGGUAUUGCGAUGGAUACACCUGAAGGUUUAAUCGUACCGAAUAUUAAAGAUAUCCAGAACUUGGACAUCGUGGAGAUCGCGAAAGAGUUGAACCGUCUUCAAGAACUUGGAAGGAGAUCUUCAAUCCCGCCAAGCGAUUUAUCGAACACGACAUUUUCGCUAUCAAACAUCGGUGUUGUGGGUGGUACAUAUACAAAACCGGUGAUUCUAGCCCCACAAAUUGUAAUCGGCGCGUUUGGAAAAGUGCAAAAAUUACCACGAUUCGACGAUAAAGGAAAUGUGAUAGCUGCGAACACAAUUUUUAUCAGUUGGGCCGCUGACCAUCGAGUAGUAGACGGUGUUACAAUGGCCAAAUAUUCGAAUCUUUGGAAACAUUAUGUUGAAAAUCCUGUAUUUUUAUUAAUAGGAGCGUGA